AUGGCUGCGACGUCACAGGGCCUGGUGAAUCCCCAAAUGUUGGUCUUGGUGGCCUUGCUGUCCACGGCCUUCCUCGUGCACUUUAAUGCCCCGCAGUUCUUUGUGGAGCUGCCCCCAGCAGAGCCAGCUUCGGACGCUGAGGCCAAGGAGAAGCUGCAGAAGUUCGGGAAAGUGGCGGUCAUAGGCUUUGGCAUCGCGUCAGUUCAGUACGCCCUUGUGAUGGCCUUUGGCUUCCUCACCUUCGGGAAG